AGAUAUUGAUAGAUAAAUAACUUGGUGCUGGUACUCCUGUGUGGUUAAGCACUGAGUGGUGGGUGGGAUCUUUAACUCUAAGAACAACGCAGCCCAUUGGUCAGUAGGAUCAGACGGCGAACAGCCGUUUAAUCACAGGCCGUAUUGCUGACACGUGGCCUCGCAGUUUGCUUUUACGCAGAAACAACAUCAGCAGUUUGUUUAUCUCGCUGUGAAUGCAUAUUUUAUUUACUGAAACCACAGAUUUAUUCGUUUCCAGGGUGUUAACUGUCGCGUGCUGCUCGCCUUGUUUAAGGGAGGAGAAGCUAACUUUAGCUGUUAGCCCGGUGCCGGUGGCUGGAGACAGGGGCCCCUCCUAUGGGCCACUGGAGGCCAUGAGUGCGGAGCCGGACCCGCUGGCCGUCGUCAACCAGCUGAGGGACCUGGCGGCCGACCCCAUGAACCGCAGGGCCAUCGUCCAGGACCGGGGCUGCCUGCCGGGCCUCAUCCUGUUCCUGGACAGCCCCAACCCGCAGGUGGUCUACUCCGCCCUCCUGGCUAUCCGGUACCUGGCCGAGUACCGGGCCAACCAGGAGCAGCUGAAGGAGGAGCUGGGGAUGCUGCCGAGCCUCCAGAACGUCACGCAGAAGUCCACGACCCCCGGAGAGACGAAGCUGCUGGCCUCUGAGAUCUAUGAGCUCCUGCGGUCCUGCUCCUCCUCUGGGCGAGAGCAGGAGGUCGUCAGCAGCAGCAGCCGCCGGAAGGCGCAGUUCUUCAUGGGCUCCAGCAACAAGAGGGCCAAGACCGUGGUCCUGCACAUCGACGGCCUGGACGACUAUGGUCGCAGGGGUCAGUGCGAGGAGGCCCUGCUGAGGAUCAGAGGCGUCAUCAGCUUCACCUUCCAGAUGACCACGAAGAGGUGCGUGGUCCGGAUCCGAUCGGACCUGAAGGCCGAGGAUCUGGCCUCUGCGAUCGCCUCCACUCAGGUGAUGACGGCUCAGCAGGUGGUGAGAGCGGAGAACGGAGACGAGGUCUUCGUCCCGCUGGCGGAGGACGGCUCGGCCCCGGCUCAGCCGGGCGUGGACCUGCCAGACUACCUGCCGGAGGAGGAGAGUCCGUCUCAGGAGCCCGACAAAGUGGUGAGCCGCGUGGGUUCUGGCCCGGAUGGGAACAGCUGGCUGGGCGCCGCCACCAACUUCCUGUCCCGCUCCUUCUACUGGUGACAUCCACCCCUUAA